CUGCCUUCAGUCGAGAUCCAGCGUUCGCGUCGACGAGUCGUACAAGUUCGGUUCCGCAGCUUUCUAAAGCGUUUGAGACGUAGUUGUGCCAGCACACGGUGGAUACACUAAUACUGGUACAGAAAAGGGGAAGCUUCUGCGUAUCCAAAGCAGCCCCCAAGUGGAUGAAUCAAGAUGGGUGGUUCGUGCUGAGAUAUAUAACCAGUGAUAACGAAUAUACACAGUGAGUUUGACGUUUUUUGCGGGAAUUCCGUGGCCGGGUUUACAUACGCAAAACGCAUCAAUUGAAAAUCAAAACAACGUCGCAAAUAGUUCGAAGAACACUAUCAAUUCAACAGUAUUAUUGGGGCUAAGCUGAAGGAAGAUAACAAAAACAGUGGGAAUAGUAGAGCACAAAGAGAGGUGGUGAUCUGGACUGAUGACACACAUCUCGAGACAAUCAGUAUUGUCGGAGAAGGCUUAAUGGUGACCAGAAGUGGCAAAGUGGUGUGCCUGCUAAUCGGUAUUUUGCAAACAAACGUGGCAAACCAGAAACAGCUGAUUGGCACCACAUUCCCAAUUGGAUAUAAGAGUCAACAUGGUUUAGUCAUAGUGUAAUUAAAAGUGUGCGGAACUAUCGACGGGUUGAAAUCUGGAAAAGGACUCGUUCCCAACCUUUACACAUCUCACCGUGUCUCACCUCCAAAAAUGUCAGAAAAAUCCACUCUAAACGAUAGUAGAAAUCCAACACAACAGCAGCAACCCCUCCAGAAUGGUAGUGCCAGUCCAAACCACCGCCACAACAGUAGUACUUACGGAGCAAUAGACGAAAUAACCACAGCGACACCCACGUCAACCGCCCCCAACGGUGGCGUUCCCCCAGGCGAACCAGGCGGAUCAUCCACAAUGGGCGGUGAUCGUCGCUCGACGCUCAAAGUGAUGGAGAAGCUCGGUUACGGGUUGGGCCACGUGUACAACGAUCUGUGCGCCGGGGUCUGGUUCAGCUACACGUUGCUGUUCAUGCAGGGUGCUUUGGGUAUGCCGGCUGCGGAAGCCGGUGCCCUGGUCAUGCUAGGCCAGGUUGGGGACGCGGUCGCCACUCCGAUCGUGGGAUUUUUGACCGAUAAGUACGGGACGAAGAGGCAAUGGCACGCGGCGGGGACGUUUCUGGUGUUCCUGACCUUCCCGAUGAUCUUCUCGUUGUGUCCGUGGUGCGACGUGGCUCCGCACUGGUGGGAGAUCGUGUACUUUACCGUGGUGAUUCUGCUGUUCCAGUUUGGCUGGCCAAUCGUACAGAUCACCCACCUGGCCAUGAUCCCUGAGUUGUCGCGGUCGCAGAAGGAUCGGUCCGAUUUGACAGCGGUUCGGUAUUCGGUGUCGAUCGUGUCCAACGUGGUCGUUUACCUCGUGACCUGGGCGGUUCUUCGAACCAGCUCGGACAACCAAAUCGGUGCCAACGAUGCCUAUCGAUUUCGUGAUAUCUCGUUAAUUCUGACGCUGGUCGGGGUGUCCAUGUCGGUGCUGUUCAACUUUUCGCUCUCGUUCAGCGGCUACGAGCAUCGGCGGCAUGCCGCGUUGCAGCAUAAUGUGAUCAAGUCGGGGCCCGGAAGUGGCACAGGAAGAAGGGAGCAGCCGCGGGACCCGGAGAAGCAAGCUUUGCUACAAGCUGAGCAGACGGGUGGAACUUCGCAGCAGACGGUGGCCAAUGGGGGGACGGUCAAGCCGGCAGACGACGAGGUCGUGCUGAGGAAGCCCAAGAAAAACUUCUUCAAGUCACCACUGCUGUACCAGAAUGCGUUGCUCUACGUCUUCUCCCGUCUCUUCAUGACCACCUCGCUGGUGUACAUGCCCCUAUGGCUGGACGAGCGCACCUUCCAGCCCGAUCCGGUCCAGAACAACGCCAGCGUGGAACAUCUGGCCACCAUUCCUCUAAUGUCCUUCCUGUCAUCGUUCGUCUCGUCCGUAAUCCUCAAGUACGCCAACCGAUACGUCGGCAACAGUCUGGUCUACUUCGUGGGAUCCACCAUCAGUUUGGGAGUCUGCUCUUGGGUCGCGUUGAGCACCAGCGACGGUUCGUACACCACCUUUGAACUGCUGGUGAUUGCGUCCCUGUUUGGCGCCGGGAGUUCCAUCACCAUGAUCAGCAGCCUGUGCAUCACGGCGGACAUGAUCGGGAAGCACGCGGACCAGGGCGGGUUCAUCUACUCCGCGGUCACGUUCGCCGACAAGCUCAUCACCGGCGUUGUCGUAGUCAUCAUUGAGUCCAUGAAAUGUAAGAAUCGAGCCGACUGUCCGGACUACUACCGGAGUGUGCUGGCAUACGCGUGCGGGACGGCCGCCGGUCUCGGCUGUCUCACGCUGGCAACCCUGGUCUGCACGCGAUCUACGACGCGUCGAUCGAGGAGAGCGGCGGCCCCAGUACAGCAACGAUGAUUGGAGCCAGUGACAUAUUAGCAAUUUUCUUUUAAAACUAAGUGAUACAUAGUGUCGAUUUUAAACAUUCUAAUCACGAUCAUGAUAUUUUAACACGCAAGAGUAAUGUUUAAGGAGGUCGUUAAAUACCAAUAAGUAUUUUCUAAAA